CGGGUCUUGCUGUGUAAACAACCUGAGUUCCGAAGAAACAACGAGAAAGAGAUCCCUCAUCUAACAGAACACUCAUUAGUUUCAAAAAUUGCAUUCGAACAACCGAACAAACAUAAUUCUUCAUUCCUGCAUCACUUUACGCUUAUAUAUACUCAUAGGGAGAGACGGUGAUCGGAAUUCUGAGGUAAAGGCAAAUCAGCAAUGGAGGCGUCGCAAGGCGGAGGAGGAGGAGGAUCAGAGAGGGAGAAGUCCAACUCAACGACCUCUUCAGCUGCUCCGAUCGCCGCUGUCGCUACUUUCUGGAAAGACUUUGAUUUAGAGAAAGAAAGGACUAUACUGGAUGAGCAAGGCCUAAGAAUUGCUGAAAAUCAGGAGAAUAGUCAGAAAAACCGUCGAAAGCUUGCGGAGAGCACACGAGAUUUCAAAAAAGCUUCAAAUGAAGAGAAAUUGAACUUAUUCAACUCUUUACUUAGGGGUUACCAAGAAGAAGUUGAUAAUCUUACCAAAAGAGCAAAAUUUGGGGAAAAUGCUUUUCUUAACAUAUAUCAAAAACUUUAUGAGGCACCAGAUCCUUAUCCAGUUAUUGCUUCAAUUUCUGAAAAAGAUUCGAAAUUAUCAGAAUUGGAGUCUGAGAAUCGUAAAAUGAAGGUAGAGCUUGAAGAGUUUCGUAUGGAGGCAACUCAUCUAAAGAACCAACAAGCAACAAUAAGGAGGCUUGAAGAGCGUUGCCGCCAAUUAGAACAACAGAUGGAGGAAAAAGUGAAGGAAAUCGUGGAGAUUAAACAGCGCAGUUUGGCAGAAGAAAACCAGAAAACCUUGGAGGUUUUAAAAGGAAGGGAACAAUUAUUGCAGGAUCAACUACGACAGGCUCAAGAAAGUGUUUCUAACAUGCAAAAAUUGCAUGAACUUGCCCAGAGCCAGUUGUUUGAAGUUCGUGCUCAGUCAGAGGAAGAGGGAGCAGCAAAACAAUCAGAAGUCAAUCUCUUAAUGGAUGAAGUUGAACGGGCUCAAGCUCGCCUUCUCAGUCUUGAGAGAGAAAAGGGAUUGCUGCGUUCCCAGUUACAGUCAGCAAAUGAAGAUAAUGGUGACGGGAAAAGUGAUAAUUUGGAUGGAAAUAGCAUCCUUGAGAACUCUCUUAGUGCCAAGGUGAAGUUAGUCUCUGAAUUAAAUGCGGAACUACAUAAUCUGGAGAACACCUUAUCAAAUGAGCGAGAACAACACAUGAGUGAGAUGAAGAAGCUAAAUGCUCUUCUUCAUGAAAAGGACGUCUCUCUAGAGGAAAUGAAGAAGGAACUUCAAACAAGACCAACAGAAAAGUUAGUAGAUGACUUGAGAAAGAAAGUUAAAAUUUUACAGGCAGUUGGCUACAACUCCAUUGAGGCAGAAGAUUGGGAUGCUGCUACAACUGGAGAAGAGAUGAGUAAGCUUGAGUCAUUACUUCUUGACAAGAACCGGAAAGUGGAGCAUGAGCUGACACAGUUAAAGGUCAAACUUUCAGAAAAGACUUCUAUGUUGGAAUUAGCUGAAGCUAAAACUGAUGCACUAACUGCAAAGGUCAGCGAACAGCAACGACUGAUUCAGAAGCUAGAGGAUGAUAUACUGAAGGGGUACAGUUCUAGAGAGAAAAAGAGUACAAUCUUUGAGGAGUGGGAUCUAUCAGAGUCUGGAGGAACUGAGCAAUCUGGCGAUGCAGCCCAAAAACGUAGUCCUCCAGACCAAGAUCAAAGCUCAAUGCUUAAGGUGAUUUGCAACCAACGUGAUCGCUUCCGGGCACGAUUACGGGAGACUGAAGAGGAAAUAAGGCAACUGAAGGAGAAGAUUGGGAUUUUGACGACAGAACUUGAAAAAUCAAAAGCUGACAAUGUCAAACUUUACGAAAAGAUACGCUUUAUCCAGGAUUACAACUCCGAGAGAGUUAUUUCAAGAGGAUCAAAGAAGUAUGCAGAAGAUUUAGAAAGUGGUUUCAGCUCUGAUGUGGAAUCCAAGUACAAGAAGUUGUACGAGGAUGACAUAAAUCCAUUUGCUGCAUUCUCAAAGAAGGAAAGAGAACAGAGAUACAAGGAGUUGGGUUUGAGAGAGAAAAUUACUCUUAGUAGUGGGCGUUUCCUUCUUGGUAACAAAUAUGCUCGAAGCUUUGCGUUCUUCUACACCAUAGGAUUGCACAUUCUAGUAUUCACCUGCCUAUACAGGAUGUCAGCACUGAGCCACAUCAGCAAUGUUCCUGAGGAUAAGAUGGUCAAUCUUCCUCAUCCAUAGAAGUUCCUAUGAACACAUCAGUUUUCUUGUUCCUCUGACCCUCCAGGCCUCCAAAUUGAUGGAAAUAUGCAAGUACUUCACAUAGUGCAAACAUAUGUUUUCAGGGAGUUGACUUCACUGUACAGACAUAUUUAUGUUGUUUUAGUCACUUGUAGACAGUAAUACCUAGCUGACUCAUCUUGCUUUGGAAUGGAAGGACAUGCACAACAUAUUUUGAAAAUGUUUUUAUGUUUCUAUGGGGUGGUAUAGUACGAUAUAAUCCGUGGUUGUACACAAAGGAAUUUACUCAUAUA